AUGGACGAAGGGGUAGCAGAACCCGUAGCUUCUCAGACACGUUUGGAGGCACCAGCAGGAAACGCACAGCAGGAGCAGUCUGUUUGCAUGAGGCGGGCCGAGACACUGAGAGGGCAUUCCAGCAGGGGAAUGGACCUACGGGGUAGUGCUGUUGCGGCUGCAGAGCAGCAGCAGCAGGUGGUGGAAAUGAGACGAGCCGAGACGCUGAGAGGUCAGUCUAGCAAAGGAUUCGACCUACGGGGUAUUGCUGUUGCGACUGCAGAGCAGCAGCAGCAGGUGGUGGAAAUGAGACGAGCCGAGACGCUCAGAGGAGCGUCUAAAUCCUACUCUAAGGAUAGUGCUGUCGAGAAGCAACAGCCAGUUGAUAUGCGGCGAGCAGAGACACUUAGAGGGCGGCGGGGGUCAGACUUGAGGGGUAGUGCUUUAGAGCAGCAGCAGUGGCAGCGGCAGCAGCAGCAGCAGCAGCAGAAGCCAGUUGAAAUGCGGCGAGCAGAGACGCUGAGAGGGAGGCCUGAAACCAUGCAAGUUGAUCCGACGGCUCAGAUUAAAGGCGAUUACCGGGACAUGAGGCGAUCUGAGACGCUCAGAGGGCGGGCAAGAUCUGCCCAUGUCUCUCCUCACAAUGUGUCUCCUUACAGUGUGUCUCAUUACAGUGUGUCCCCAUCUUGUCUGCCGCCUCCUCACAAUGUGUCUCCUUAUAGCGUGUCUCCUUAUAGCAUGCCUCCUCACAGCGUGUCUCCUUAUAGUGUCUCUCCUCACAGUGUCUCCCCGUAUAACGUGUCUCCUGCGAUGGUGUCUCCUUGCGGUGUGGAUGUGUGUGCAACGAUACUAGAGCCAAGUCCGGGGAGAGUCGCACACACAGCAACACAUAGAGAAAGGAGCAUAAGCAGCCCUGGGGAGGAGGACAGUGUGGGGGCGAGGCGAGGGGAGGGUGUGGACGUCCGUGCAACGUCAUUAGCGCCGAGUCCGGGGAAGCAACACGCAGCAACGAGAAGAGAAAGGAGCUCUGGGGAGGAGGAGAGUGUGGGGAUGAUGAGGCGAGGGGAGAGCGGUGUUGGUUCUUCUGCUGCUGCUACUACUGCUGCUGCUGCUGAUAUGGGAGAUGGUGCCUGGAGGAGCAGACUCAGGAGCACUUCAGGGGAGGAGAGUGAGGGGAUGAGGCGGGGGAAGAGUGGUGGUAGUGGUGGCGGUGCUGCUGCUGCUGCUGCUGCUGCUGCUGCGGCUGCUGAUGUGGGAGAUGGUACCUGGAGGAGCAGAAGCAGGAGCACUUCAGGGGAGGAGGAAAGUGAAGGCACGAGGCUAAGGGAGAGUGGGGGGGUAGGCACAGGACGCAGAGCAACGCUUAGAGAAAGGAGCAGGAGCAUAGGCAGCUCUGGGGAGGAGGAGAGUGAAGGUGCGAGGCUAAGGGAGAGUGGGGGGAUAGGCACAGGAGAGAGUGUGAGGACGAGACGAGGUGAGGGGCUGCGAGGGCAGGAUGAGGCGAGGGGUGUUGCAGGGAUGGGAGGAUCGGGGGGUGAGAAGAGGAUGGGAGGGAUGGGGAUGAGAGUGAGAAGCGGGUCCGAGCUGGAUAGAAUGGGCGAGGGGGAGGUUGUGGAGAUGAGACGAGCAGAGACACUGCGAGGGGAGGGUGUGAGGAGUGGUGAGAGGAGGAUGGGAGGUGAGAGUGGGAAAGGGGUUGGGAGAGGAAUGGAAGGUGCGAGAGGGGUGGAGGGUGGAAAAGGGGGUGGUGCGAGAGGGGUUGGGGGUAUGAGAGUGAGAGCAAGGAGUGGUUCUGAACUGAGUGAGAUGGGCAAGGGGGGUGCGGAGGAAAGAUAUGAGGAGCGAGUUGUGGGUCCGAUGGUGGGUGGGGAGGAGCAGCAGCAGCAUGCAGGUGUGGCGAUGCGACGAGUGGAGACCAUGUGGGGGGAGGGUGUGAUGGGUGGUGCAAGUAGUGGGGGUGCAGCAGGUGGGGAGCAGCAGCACGAUGCUGUGGUGAUGCGACGAGUGGAGACCAUGAGAGGGCGAGUCGAGCAAGUGCAGGUAACGCGGGGGGAGCAGCAGACGACGCAACAGGGACAGCAGCAGGGGCAGCAGCAGGGGCAGCAGAAGGGGCAGAAAGGGCAGCAAGUUGCAGUGCAUACCGGCCCAAGGCUGAAAGGCAGUACACCUGCUGCUGGUGCUGCUGCUGCUAGUGCUGCUGCUGGUGCUGCUGCUGGUGCUGGUGGUGCUGCUGCUGCAGGUGUUGCUGCUGCUGGUGCUGCCACUGCUGCCGAGAGAAAGGGAACUAAAGGGGGUGAGGCGAGGCAAGGAGGGAGCGUGAGGGAGCGGGGGCGGAAGAAGCGGCUGAAUGCGUGGGACGUGUUUGGGGAUGAGGAGGAUGUGAUUGGGCGGGAAGGGUGCGUGGUGGUGCAAUCAAGUGAUGCCAGUGCUGCUAGUGCUGGUGCGCGUGUGCUCAAUGCCAAGUGCUCCCCUCCUACGGGCUCCUCCCCUCCACUAGGUUUCGCUCCCAGCGUGUUUGAAAAAUUAGCGCCUGCCCGGAGUUUCACAUCUGCCCGGGAGGAGGAGGAGGAGGAGGAGGAGGUUGACUCGAGUCCACCACUCGUGCGGUCAAAGUCUGAAAAGAGGGCGGCGGGGCGGAGAGGACGGGGACGUGAGGUUUCUGAGAAAUCUCAAAAGCCACCUGCAUCAAUCAGGGAUGUCAUAUCUGCAUGGGAGGAGGAGAGGGUUGACUCAGGUCAACCGCUGGUGCGAUCAAAAUCAGAUAGAAGGGGGAUUGCGCGUAGCGGAGGGGGGCGGGGGCAGGAUGGGCUGAUUUCUGAGUCAACUCAAAAGCGGGUGGGUGAGGGAAGAGGAGCGGGGCGAGAUGGGGUUGUGGGGAAGGGAGACGGGGGAUUGAGAGGAGACGAUGCUGUGGGAGGGAGAGAGGCGGUGGAGGGGACAGGGUUGCGCCGUGCUGUGAGUGUGCAAGGGGGGUUGGGUAGCCGUAUUGAGGCAUGGUCACAGCAGCAGAAGCAGCAGCAAAUGCAGAAGCAGAGACAGCAGCAGCAGCAACAGAGGCAGGAGGAAGAGGGGCAGCAGGAGGAAGGGCAGCAGCCAAGCAAUCGGGUGAGAUUACUGCUGCAGAGAUCAAUGAGUCGGAGGGAACGCGCAGCAGCGAAAGCCGCAGCACUAGAAGUGUUGUCAGCUGCUGCAGGAAGAGCCGCAGCAGAGGGAGAGAGAGAAACAGAUGCAGCCCCGACUGCAGAUAUGUUUGCUAAGAACACCGUUGAGGGGAGGGAGCAGAUGCAGCAGGGGGAGAGGCACAAGCAGCCUCAUAGACAGGCCUCUAUGCCUGCUCGCACGCCCAGAGGGACUAGUCUGAUGGAGAGAGAGUGGGCGAAAGGGGAGAUUGGCUCAACUCAACCCGUCAAGCCCAGGAGAAGUGAGGAUGGAGGGAAAGGGAGGAGGAAAGGGACGGGUGAAGCAGUCACACGAGGUGGAAUAGAGGAGGGGAGAGAGAGGGGAGUGGAAGGGGGAAGGGGGCAGGGGUCGCAGAGAGCAGCAGACGAGAAGCGGAGGCAGGGAGGGGGAGAGGAGGAGGGAGGGGAGAAGCAGCAGAGGGUGAGAGAGAAGGAGGCACUGAGGGAGAUGGAGAGGGAGAUUAGGGUUAUGCGGGAGAGAAGGGCGAGGGAGCGUGCUGCUGCGAGAAAAGCUGCCGAGAGCAAGACAGGUGUUGAGGGGGGGAGUGGGGGAGGUGUGGAGGGUGGGGGAAGGGAGAAGGAAGAUGGAAAGGGUAGGGAGGUUGGAGGGGGGAGUGAGUGUGGAGGAGAGCAACGAGGGUUAGAGAGGAGGAGCAAGAGUGUAGGAGAGGGUAGGCUGAGAGCAAGAGGGGUGGUAUGUGAGGGAAUAGAGGAGGCGGAUUUAGAAGAGGAGGAGGAUGUACCUAGCUACCCCCCUUUGAGUCGCAGCCGCACUCAACCCAGUCGCUUGCCUUCUAACCCAUGCACACCGCGUUACACCCACCUCCCUCCCUUCUCACCACAUCCCUCCCUUGCCCCCUUGUCCCUUGCCGAACCUGGCCCCGAACCUGUUUUCCAAACUGCUUACCACUUCGACCUGGUCCAACCGCUCUCUCCAGACCCACAGGUCUGGGAGGAGCCCGAGGCUGAAACCGAACCUGAGAACGACCCCCGAACCAAGCGCCGAGGCUUCCGAGACAGGCUGUUCGGCCGAAGCUCGAGCGGAGGUCGGGACAAACUCGCAGAGGCGGACAGGGAAGUGAGGGUGCUGAAGGCUCAUGCUGGGAGGAAGGGGACUCAUGGAGGGAGUGUGGGGGGUUUGGAAAGCCGAAACAGCCUGUUUGGGCGAGAAGGGUCGUAUGGGCAAGACGGGGCGUAUGGGCAAGACGGCUUGUUUGGACGGGAUGGGUCGUAUGGGAGGGAGGGUGCAUUGGGCCUGGAUGGCAGUGGUGGGAGAAUGAGCAGAGACGGGUCUCUGAACGAGCAUGCUGCCGUGAUGAGCCGAGAUGCUUUGUUCGCUCGGGACGGGCAAGGCGAGAACGCUUCUGGUGGGGUUGGUGGUGCUGACAUGCAGGUUGAGUGCGGUACUGAGGGUAGCAGUGCGGUUCCUUUCUUGCCACAGGUGAAGCACCAAGCAGAGGCAUACACAGAGAGUGGCGGCAGUGGCACCAGCAGCGGCGGCGGCCACAAAGGGGGUCGCUUUUCCCUGAGAAGACACCUGCAGCGGCUCAAAAGCGGCGAGGCUAAGGCUCCGGUUAACUCUCCAUUACCCCGGGUAGUUGACUCGCUGUUUGAUUUUGCCCCUGACGAGGCUGCAGGUGUUUCCUCCCCUACGCUCUCCUCCUCCCCUUCCCUCUCCUCUUCCUGGGCUGGUAUGUUCUCCCGAACCCAGACUGGGAGCCGCCUGUCAGGUUCGGUAAGCAGCUGGGUCCGAAGCAGCUGGGGAGGCUCGGGAAGGGGGAGUAGGGAUGGGGAUGGGUUGAGCGAAGUUGCCUCCGCUGCUGUUGCCACUGCUGCUAGUGGUGGUGGUGGUUGCGCUUCUGCUUUUGACAGUAAUGGGUACGGCGACAUUGGUGUUGUGCCUAUGCGGAGGAGCAAAACGGAUGGGAGGAGGGACUAUAUCGAGAAAGGAGUGAUCCCUGUCAGCAUGAGCGAGAGCAUGAGUUUUGCAGAGAACGAGCUCGUGAAUGUGAUGCGACGGGGGGUUGUGAAAGGGAUGAUGGAAGGGAUGGAUAGGAUGGGGGGGGUGGAGGCAGGAGAGGAAGAUGUGGAUGUGGAAGGGGUAUAUGAAGCAGCACGGUUUGUCCCUCUCAAGGUGCCCAAGUCCCCUUCCUGGGCCAGUGAGAUGGACAUGUGGGCAACGGGGGGGCGAUAG